CGCGCGCUGAGAACGGGGCGGGCGUGGUGCGUGGUGGAGCGCCGGCGGGACCCUCGUGGGUGGAGGGCUGGGGGCGGCCCCAGCUUCUCUUCUCCCGGGCGCCGCCACCCCAGGCCCGCGGGCUCCCGGGCUCCGGCCACCUGCGCCCCGCCCCUGCGGCCGCGCCCCAGCCCCGGAACCGCGGAGGCGCGCCCCCGCCUCGGGAAGGGCGAGGUUCCCGUCCCGACGCGCGGAUUUGUCUCCGGGCAGUAGCCCCGCCGUUCUCGGCAUGCGGCUGCGCUGAGAGCCGGCCCGCCCGCGGAUCCGGGGAGCCGGGCGUUGGCUCCCUUUGCCUGCUGUGUGAGAAGGUGGACCUGCAGCCGGCAGGAUGACCAAUCCUGCGGCCGCGCAGAACCAGGAAAUAGACUGUCUGAGCCCAGAAGCUCAGAGACUGGCGGAGGCCAGGCUGGCGGCAAAGCGCGCGGCACGAGCAGAGGCCCGAGAGAUCCGGAUGAAGGAGCUGGAGCGGCAGCAGCAGGAGGCAUCUGAUGAAGAUGAGCGCGUGUCAGUGGGUAGCCGCGGAAGUCUGAGGGUUGAAGAGAGACCAGAAAAAGACUUCGCGGAGAAGGGGUCUCGUGGCCUGCCCGGCCUGUCUGCAGCCACACUGGCCUCCCUGGGUGGGACUUCCUCUCGAAGGGACAGCGGGGACACCUCCAUCUCCAUUGACACUGAGGCCUCCAUUAGGGAAAUCAAGGAACUCAAUGAGUUAAAGGACCAGAUUCAGGAUGUAGAAGGCAAAUACAUGCAGGGAUUGAAAGAGAUGAAGGACUCACUAGCAGAAGUUGAAGAAAAAUAUAAGAAGGCCAUGGUUUCCAACGCUCAGCUAGACAAUGAGAAGACAAACUUUAUGUACCAGGUCGAUAUGCUAAAGGACAUGAUGCUGGAGCUUGAAGAGCAGCUGGCUGAGUCCAAACGGCAGUACGAGGAGAAAAGCAAAGAAUUUGAAAGGGAAAAGCAUGCCCACAGUAUCCUCCAGUUUCAGUUUGCUGAGGUGAAAGAGGCCCUGAAGCAAAGAGAAGAAAUGCUUGAGAAACAUGGAGUAAUCCUAAAUUCAGAAAUAGCUACCAAUGGAGAGACUUCAGACUCUCUAAAUAAUGUUGGCUACCAAGGUUCUACAGAGAUGACAAAGGAAGAGUUAAAUGCCCUCAAGGCAACGGGGGAUGGGACGCUAGGCAGAGCCAAUGAAGUGGAGGUGAACAAUGAAAUGGUGGAGAAUGAGGGGAAAAGAGAAAUCUUGCCGAACACUGAGCAAAGACAGCACAAAGAGGACCCAGGAGAGGACUGUGUGGACACAGAGGUGUUACAUCCUGGUGACAAUGCCGAGGACCAGAAAACCUCUGAAGACAGUGCCCCCUCCCCAGGAACAUUAGUAAAUUCUGAGAACGCGGAACAGGUUCAAAGCCAAAUUCUGGAGAACACUUCCUUCUUUGAAAACACACAGCAGGUUGAGUCAAGUGAGGUCAUAAACAGUGAACUAGAUGGUGAAAUCCCAGGUCCUAGGAUUGGGCAGGGCAGCAGUAAUGCCUUGGAUGUCAAAAACCAAAGUAAAGAAUCUGCAGAAGAGUGGGAAAAAGAAAAACAGGAAGAUUUUGAAACCAACUUGGAAGAGAUUAGCAUAGAACCACGUCAGGAAUCUGCUCCUCUGCAAAUAUCUGAAGUUGGAAGGGAGAGCAGUGCAGACACUGGGGAGCAGAGUGGGAACCCCACAGAGGCUGUGCCAGAGGCAGGGCUCACUGGAUCGGGGGAGCAGGAGGGCACAGUAGCCUCAAGUCCUCCAAGGGGUAUCGAUGACACAGUGAGUCACCAUGAAAAAUGGGAGGUAGAUGCUCCAGAAGGCUUGGACCCAAGCUCAGGGCAUGAUUUAGAGAAAGAACUCACCAACCAGGAAGUAGCUGAGCCCAAGGAGGUCCCAAUUCAGAGCACAGAGGUAGGUGGGGAGAACAAUGAAGAGGAGGGUAAAGGAAGAAAAUUAAGGGAUGAGAAACCAGUCAAGCUGGAAGUCCGAGCCAUUCCUUGUUCUCCAGAAGCCAAAAGCAGUCCUCAGGAGGUGACAGGUCCAAGUACGGUAGAUGCUGAAAGUGAACCCCUAGGUGUGAAAGAGCCCGAUGAAGAAAAGAAUGACCAACAGGGAGAGGCACUGGAUUCGUCGCACAAGAAAACGAAGAACAAGAAAAAGAAAAACAAGAAGAAAAAAUCACCAGCACCUGUAGAAACCAAAGAUGUUCAGAAAGAGUUAACAUUUCAAAACCCAGAUUUAAGUGAAGUGAAAGAAGAGCAGGUAAAAUUUACUGACAAAAAACCAGUUGUAGAAGCACAAAAUGAGGUCACUAAAAACCCAAAACAGAACACUGCGGUAGGAAGCAGUAAAAAUGCCGAUGGUCCAGAAAAUCCUAAAAUUGAGUUGGAUGGAGGACUUAACCAAGAAGAUUUUGGUGUAAACACUAAGACAGGGAAAGCAGUAGCUGAUGGAGACACGUUGGAUUUUGAAGAUAAUACAGUUCAGUCGUCAGGCACCAGUGCCAGUAAUAAAGAAUUAGAGGAAGGUGCUAUAAAAGAUGAUGCUGAAGAAGAUGGCACCGCUCCCAGCCGUCCUCCAGGUCCAGACAAUGAGGAAGUGCCAGGCAGCACCCUGCUCCAAGACGGAGGUCCCUCAAAGAACAUUAACGAUGCCUGUCAAACUGAAGGCACAGAAGAGCAUGUGACAUCAGAAAAUCUAGGUCAGACCAUCAGGAAGGUUUCAGAUAGCAUUAGUCUAGAAAAUGAUGACGUGGCACCAGCAGGCGAGGUGGGGGACUUUAAUUCAGAAAGCAAGGAAGAGAUGACAGGUGGACACAGGAAGGGCAGAAACAAAGAGGACUGUACCUUGUCGUAGGUUGAGGCGGGGUCUUAGGGAGGGGCCAGGACUGCACAGCAAGUCCAACUGUGAGAGACUCCACCGGUGAGACUCAGAAAAUGGUCUAGAUUGGUAUAGACGCACCGAAUGACAAUCCACCACCAAGUUAUCUAAUCCUUGAAGCUAUAGACUGUUACCUGUAGAUUUCUAUUUCAUCACUAAGGUUAUCACACAGAUGAGAAGGACACUUCUGUUAUCGGAGCUAGUUCUAAUGGAGAGCAUUCCAAGAGCAUCAAACAAUAAUGUACACUGUUUUAUUCCUGCUUAAAAUCAGCAUCAAAAUAUUUAGCUUUUGCCUUAAGCUGAUAUGAAUGUGCAUAUUCUUGACCAAAAGUAUCAGCAUCUAAUUGAAGUGACCAAAUAGUAUCCUGAGAUUUCCACAUUAUGAGUAUGAUUUAAAUGAAGGUGUCUCAUUUAAAUAUAUGUGCUUUCAUAUUUGAUCUUGAUAUGUAUAAUAUAACCUGUAUGGUAUUUUAUUUAAAAAGUACAUAAACGGCCAAACAGCCUAUAGGUCACUGAGUGAUGAGAUUUGCAUGUUAGGACAAUAAUUAAUCAUGUUAGGGAUAGCAAAUAAACAUCUUACAGCACUAGGGAUCGCUUACUUGCUUUUACCUCAUAUAAGUAUUUUAUCUCAGACCAAUACUUUUGGAUCUCAUUCUUGAGGAUACCUGAAUUUAUUUUGUAGAUUUUGACUUAAUGACAAUUAUGUACCAAAGUCAUUUUAUACAAAGACUUUUUUUUUUUUUUUUAAUUUUUUUCUGGAAGAGAUACAUGUUGUAAUUGCAUUUCCUACUGCAGUAUUUGGGCAGGGAGAAUCAUUUCUAAAAUUUAUUUUUUUAACCUUAAAAUUACUUCUCUUUGUAUUUGUCUCAUCAUUAUUCAGUAGAGCAAGACAAAAGGAUGCUAUUCUUGUGCAAACUUCUGAUUAGACUCUAACAGGAUAUUUUAAAUAGUUGAAUCACUUGGUAUUUUGGUACAAAUAUUUUCAUUUGUUGUUUUUCAGUAUAUUCUUACCGGAAAUUUCUUGUUUUGAUCUUCCUGAACAAGAUAUAUAUUUUCUAUAUAAAGAAACAUUUUAAAAAUAAUUGUAAAGUUAAAUAAAAAACCAUUAUAAAAUAUUAAAAUUACAGGGGAAUGUACAGUUUGAAUGCUGUUGACACUUUAUGAGAUCAUAUGACUUCGUAUUAUUGUUACAAGAUAUAACUGAGUGCAAAAAUGACCAAUACCUCAACAAAAUUUGAAAUAAAAACAUUUUAU